ACAGUAGGGUGAAAGUUAUAACUAUUAUCCUCCACCACUGGUUGAACUAUUGUGUUUCUGUGAUAUCUUAUCCUGAUAGAACUUUAGGACAACUUUUUCAUAUCAAAACAAUCACACACACACCUUGCUCCUCUGUUUUUUACCCUAAAUGGCAUCAUCAUCUUCAUCAUCAUCCUACUUUCACUCAACUCAUUCACAAUCUACCAAAUUUUCCAAGCCAUCACCAUGCGUAACUGCAUAUUCCAAGAACAAAUUUACAUCAAUCUCAUUUCAUACUCAUUAUCUAUGCAAAUACUACCAUAUAUCAUGCAUCCCCUCAAAUCCCACUGUUCCCCUCAAAGCUACUUCUACACUCAUUCACUCUUCACUCUCUUCCCUUAACCCACCCAUCUCAAAGGAAGAUGCUAUACUUCAAGCCAAAACCUCCCUUUCAACAGCCUUAGAGAAACCACUCAACAACCCUAAACUAUUUGGCAAAAUCAAGAAACUGAAACAACCCAAGUUCCAGGUCGAAAUCCCGGUCAUCGAUGACUCGCCGGAUUCGCUUUCCAAUCUUGCUCUUGAUAUUUUCGGGGACAUUGACAUACCCGUCAAAAGAAAAGAUUCUCCCAUUAAGAUUUUAAUCCUUUGGCCUAAUCCUAGCUUAAAAGAAGCUGCAGUUCUUGCCUUUGAGUCUCAUUCAAGCAACCAAGUUGAACACAUUGACAUUGUUUCAGUUGCCAAAACUGACCCCAGAAAGUUGAAUUCCGCCGAUGUGGUGAUAUUUUUGGCGCCAGAGAGUUCGCAAUUGUCGGUGGUGAAAAUGGUGAGUGAUGGGGUUUUUCCAAAGCCGGUGGUUAUGAUGAAUCCAAAAUGGGCAUUUGAGGAAGAGGGUAACUUUGGUAAUCUAAGUGGUUUUGUGAAUUCCUUUGAAGUAGUUUAUUCUUUUAUGGGAUUGGAGGUAAGAGGGCUAUUAAGCAAAAGAAAAGGUGUGAUUUUUAAGUGCGUGAAAGACGGGGCUGUGAGCGGAGAGAGAUGGAAUGUUCUUGUUGAAGAAGGUGGAGAAAUGAAGGUGAUUUCUUCAUUCAAGGUUAGGCCAACCAUUGGUCAAGUUGAGAGUGUUUUGUAUAAUCUGAUGGCUAUCAAUUCACCUAUAACAAAGUCUGCGAAAUUCUUCAUGGGAUUGGUGUCUAAUGUGACAGGGAAAAAGUAAAUGGAACCGAUUCCAUUGAAGGAUCGGUCAUCUUCAAGGUAUUCGAUUCACAUGAAUUGUAGUUUUAACAUGUUUUGUGAAUAUGUCACAAUGAAUGUAGGACAAUGCUUUGAGUCUAUAGUCUAUGACCAUUGUAUGCAGUUGUUCUCACCAAUUUUGAAUGAGAAAUCGAAUUACUUUCAA